UUAAGUUUUCCCCUCUUGAGGUACAUGUAUAUCUUUUUUAUCUGGUAAUUGGCAUGGAGACUGCUUCAGAACAACAUAUAUGACUCCCAAUGUGGAAAUGACACUCAGAUGGGCUUUUGAUGCAUUCUUUCCUGUGUACAAUAGCUUUAUCCCAAACCGCCUGAUAGCCAUCGUGAAGAAUCAAGAAACUUCAAAAAGAAGCAUUUUGGAAUAAUUGAUCAUUGCAUACGGUAUGUGUUUUUACUUUAGGAAACACUCGAUUUGAAACCAUAUUUUUCUGAAUUGUUGCAUAUUUUGAUGGAAGUGACAUAUUAUAUGGAUUCAUUGCAUCAUCAUGAUGACUUACAGCAGAGGUUCCACAUCAGGAAUUAAGCAUUUCCAUAGCAAUAUUACAAGAACUGGUCACAUGACAUGUACUAACCAGAAAUAUGCUCACUGAUCAAUUCCAAGCGUGAGUGACCAGAGCACUAGGUUAAAAAACAAAAGGAUGAGAAUCGGCGAGCUUCUUUGGAUCCGUAAAAAGCAGAGACGCCGCCGCCACAAAAUCUUUCGCAAUUCGGACGAAGUGCCCGACCCAUUGCCAAUGACGCUUUGGUUUGACAAUUUGAUUCUGUCGGUUGGACUGGAGCCAUACGUCCUUCGCCUCAGCAGAGAUUUGCCCAUCGUGAGACAAGAGCCAAGACAGCCUCUGUGGCACACACAUGGGGUGAAGACGGGGUUCCUGAGCAUCUGUAACGGUCCUAAGAAUGCCCAGCGAGUCCGCGUCCAACUCUCAACCGAAACCAUAACACUCCAGAAAGAAGAAUCAUUCGUAGUCAACCCAGUCGAUCCACAUGGGGGUCAUGAAACAAAUGGAACAGAAGUGGACUCAGCAAGGGAGAGAGUUAUCACGAUAAGGAGGCAAAAGGUUGGAGGUCUUGGACUUAGUAUAAAGGGAGGAGCAGAGCACAAUAUACCCAUUCUUGUAUCAAGGAUAUUCAAAGACCAAGCAGCUGAUCAGACUGGUGAACUUUAUGUUGGUGAUGCCAUUUUAAAGGUCAAUGGACUUUCAAUAGAAAGAGCAACUCAUGAUGAAGCAGUGAUUGCACUAAAGAAUGCUGGUAACGAAGUUCAACUGACAGUCAGGCAUUUCAGAGCAGCAACGCCAUACCUCAAACAAGCAGCUAAGUUAGCAGACAGAGGAAAGUCUCCAGAUAAUAACAACACAACAGAAAACAGUUUAACAAAUGGCGGUGAAGGCUGGCAGACGAGAAAUGCCUCAUCCACAACAGCAACUGUUCACAACCAAUCCCCAAGGCCACAGCCAAAGUUGCAGACGAGAUGGGUUGACAUGCUCUCAAUAUCACUACUCAUGGCCAGAGUUACAAGAUAUUCAAGUGGUACAGAUAAAAUCAGGCCGAAUACGUUUGAGGUGAUAGGUGUUGAUGGAACGUCUUCAGGAACUCUCCUUUGCCAGAGUUCAACGGAACUCUUAGACUGGCUCAAAGUUAUCAACUCUAGUGUAGCAACCCUCAAUGCCCAAUCAAUGAAGCUGUCAAAUGAUCUCUUACCUCCAGUAGAUCAAAUCAUGCACUUUGGUUGGGUGGAAGAAAGACUUGCAAGCAACUCGCAUCAUAACAUAUGGAAGCCUAAAUUUCUGGCAAUAAGAGGGGCCGAUGCCCUCAUCUUUGAAUCACCACCAGUUAACCCUAGAGACUGGAUUAGGUGUGAGAGAAGUUACAAACUUUUUGAAGUUGUUUCAAGAAUAUUCAAGGAUUCUGAACUCCAAGAUGACCGAGCCCAUUGCUUCCUCCUUCAGUCCGGAGCAGACGACUGCCAUUAUCUUAGCGUAGAGAACAGGAGUGAAUUAAACGUUUGGCAGAGUGCGGUCCUCAGAGCAACUCAUGCAUCAGUCAGUAAACUUGGUACUAAGACAUAUGGAUGCACGUGGAGAAAGAGGGUCGUAGGUUUGACCCUUGACCUAGAAACUGGUUUUACACUGUUUGAUGCUCAUAACAAGGCUCUGCUGUGGCGGUAUCGUUUCUCACAACUCAAGAAUUCCUCGGAUGAUGGCAAUGCAAAAGUCAAACUCCAAUUCACUAAUGCCAACACCGGUCAGCUUGAAAUGCAGGAGCUCGAGUGUCCGAACCUGCGGAAACUUCUUCAUUGUAUGCAUGCCUUCCUAGCAAGUAAGCUUGCUGCCAUUGACCCCAUUUUCCUCCGAAGCACAACUCAACUCCCAUGCGACUCAUGACAGUGUGCAAGACAGCCCAUUAAUUAAUUUAAGAUAUUAUGAAUAUGCGAUUCAUACUUUUGAAGAUGUAAUGUUUCCUCUCAUAAUUCUUCUUGACUCUUCCUUCCUUCCCUUCACCUUUUCUUUGUCCCAAUCCUUUUUAUCUUUGUCACUAUCAUUUCUGUAGCUCUUAUUCUCCCUCUCUUUUUGUCUGCUUUCCCCUUCUCCCCCCCCCCCAUGUCCCCCUCUUUCUUUCACUUUGUCUCACUCUUCAAUUCUUUGUUCACAUCUUUCAGUCUAUCUGAUUAUCUUGCUAUCAUCUCUCUUUCCGUUUCCCUCUUCUUUUGUUUUUAUCUUCUUCUUUCCAAUAUGUUAACACCUCCACAACUAGAAAUAACAACAGACAUGAUAGAAUGUUUAGUUUGUAAAAUUAUCUUUUGCAAGCAAUUUUUUUUUUACUCUACUUUUACCUCAUAAAAGCGCAACUCAUAUAUGUGCCAGCUGAAUUUGCUUUUGGCUCCUUUUUUUAUAUGCCGGUUACAGUAUAAGAUGGUUGUCAUUGCAACCUACAAUGGUUAAUCCAGAACUUUUUUUUCAUUAUGUGCUGAUGUUUUAAACAACUACAACUGUGUGCUACUUGACCAAUCAAAAUGUAUUAUUUGUAGGAUUGUGGAUUGUAAGACUAUUUUAAAGAGAAAUUCUAGUAGUUGCAGUAAACACUGAUUUCAUGAGAAAAUCUGUAAAACAAGGCUUAUAUCAUCAAGGAUCUAGAUCUGGUACAGUUACAUAAACUGAACUUUGUGAAAUCUUGAAAUCUACGCUGAAAAUUGUUCAGACUGAAGAUCCCCAACACAGAUAAGCGCACGUGGGACAGUGUAUAAUGAUUGCUUCGAAUGUCGGGCAUGACGCUCUACCGGAAUCCUGUGCUUAUUUGCUGAUUUCUCAGCAAUUACACAAUUUCUUCCAGAAUCCUUUGGCACAUAUAUUUUAUUUAUACAAACAGACACUUUGGUGGUCAUUUCUUUGGAUUCUGUAUGGAUUCUGAUUUUGAUAUCAUUACCAAAACUAGCCUUUACCUUUAAACUUCAAAAGUUUGAUAAGAAUUUUACAUUAUCACAUAUAAUGCUUUAUGGCAUCUCAAAAGUCAAAUGUGCAAAAAUGAAUAUUAUGACCAAUCAGAUAAACCUUUAUUCGUCCAACAUUUAAUAGCUCAUAUGAAAAUAAUGCAACAUUUUUUGUACUUGGGUCACCAGAAGAGCUCAAAAAUCAGUCAGUUGUGAGAUGAACAAAAAAUGGAUUGCCCUACCUAGCAAUGCAGUGUUUGUAUUUUGCUUUCUGACCUUGUAAUUCUUUUAAUAGGUGGAUGAAUCCAUAAACCCUUCUAUCAUGAUUCUUGGUAAUGUAGCACAAGGUUAAAAGUACAGGAAAGGUGUUUGAUUUUUGUUGUUGCUAUAUUGAGGCUGGUUUAGGAUUGAUGCUGCUUUGCAUCUGAAAAAGUUGAACAUUUAAGAAAAAUGAUUAAAAUUAAUUUGCAUUUCUAAGAUUUCUAAAGAGGGUUUGAACAGUCAUUCUCCAUUCUUUUCAUCCAUAAUUCAAUAAUGUGUAGUUAUUAAUUGUUCUUAAAAACUAUUCUCAAUGUAUUUUUGUCACAUAUUUUCUAAUUUGCCAAAUUGUUCAUCAUUACUAAUUUUUGUUGUUGUUUUUUGUCAUGUAAUAUUUAAGUUCAUAAUAUUUCUUUGUAAUUUGUGGUUCAAGGAACAAUUUAAUAACAUAUUGUUAAAGCAGUAUUCCAUUUUAUACACUCUGCUGUAUUCCAUGUUUUUAUUAUAUCCUGAAAAACUACUUAAAUCCCUUUUUUAUUCAAACCUUAAUGAUGACUUAUAUCAUGCCAGUUCCAAAUACUUUGUUCAUUACUGGUAUACUGCCACCAUUGAUAACUAACCAAGUUUUUAUUUGGAAAAAAUAGUCCAUUUUGUGUACUCAAAACAAGAUUUCUAAAAAGAAUAAUAAUCUUUAACUUUUGAGUUCUUUUUCUCCCAUUACCCCAAAGUUAUGUUGGAUUCCUGAUUUUAAAUAUUGACAGACAUUUUUGAAAAAAAUCUUUCUAAUUAAUUGACUGAUUUGAAUGUAUAUUUAUAUAUUUUGGACCUUGUAUAUAAUCAUAGAAUUUAUUAUGCACUCAGAUAAAUUAGAAUGACAAUUUUUCAUUUGUAUUUCAUAAUGUGUUGUAAUAUUCUUUUGUGUUUACAGUGAAGUAAAUUUCUAAAAGCAUCAAUGCAAUGUUCUGUCAAAAUCAAAGGUAGCUGAACAGGGUUAGUUAAAGGGAAUCUUCACUCCUAAUUUUUCAUGAAAACUGAAGAUAAUCUUGUGAUUUCUGUUAAUGUCAAAGGGAAACCUGUAGUUCAGGAAUUAUUUUUAGGGGACCAGUUUUCAUAUCAUUGUCAGCACUUGACAUGCCAAGUUGCUAGUCAAUGCCACAUAACAGGUAGCUUUAGAUUUGAAACACAGCUUCUGUGACAUGGAAUGUUUCUAGUAUGUCCCAAUGUUUUCUUCUAUAUUGUGCAUCAUAUUUACAAACUCACAAGAUUUUGUGAAGAUGCAAUUUUAGAAAAGCAGCGCCUUGGAUUCAAGUGCACACGAAGAAAUCAUUGUGCAAACUUAUUUCUUAGUAUGUACAUACAUGAACUGUAAAGAAAUUUAAGAAUUUCAAUGUGAUCAUGUUUUCGUCAUUUCAUUGUACAAUAUCAAGUACAUGUUUUGCACUUGGUUUUUCUGGAAUGUUUGUAUCAUGAAAUUAAUUGCAAUAAUUAGUGUUUCCUCAACAAGACCAUAUUUUGCGAUAUGUUAUUCAUGGUAUCUUUACUGAUAUGCACACUUGUAACAUUUGAGGAUCAUGUGAUUGUGAUCUGAUUUGAGAGUUGAUUCAUUGUUUUGAUACUAUUCACUGUACAGAAGAAUGUUAUUUCACCAAAGUGGUUUUAAUGAGCUGUCUGACACAUGUAGGGCACUGUGUAUCUAGUUCACAAUUGAAUGUGUGUUGCAGGAUAAUUUGAGGAAUUUGUUUGUUUUCUAGUGGCUUGAUUUGACUGAAUGUGAUUGAUAUAUUUUUGGUAAUAAUGAAUUUAGAAGAAUUGAAUUAAAGUAAUGAUAUUUAGCUUGACCACCAGUAUGCUGAAUAUAGCGAACACAGAUGAGCUUAUGUGGGUACGUUUAUAAUUAAAAAUGACUCGUCUACCAAACACUUAUUUUUUGCGUAUUACUAAAAAUCUAUUUUACAAUCAUGAAAGUUCAUCUGUGUCGGUUGAAAAUAAAUAGAAUUUAACCUUUUUUCACAACCCA